AUGGUGAGUAAGGAGCCCGACAAAUGCCUACUCACCACCUCGGAAAGCGAAGUCGAGCCAGCAGCUUCGCUCGCCUUGGAGAUGAAAUACGCACUGGAUCCCAAUCGGCAGAUCAAGAAGAGAAACAAAGCCCUCCAGGUGAGGUUUAAAGAUAUCUGCGAGGCCCAAAACGAACAGCGGGACAAACAGCUGUCUACAAUACAGGAUACAGAGAAAAGAGAAGCAAAGCCCGUUUCCUACAAGACGGCCUAUCGCAAGUACAUGACGGUGCCUGCGCGGAGGUCGAUACCCAACGUCACCAAGAGCACAGGAGUCCAGACCUCACCGGACCUUAAAAAGUGUUACCAGACGUUUCCUUUGGACCGGAAAAAAGGGAAUAUUAUUAAAAGCGCCUCAGCUGUCGACACCUUUAAGAGUCAGAACAACGGGUUUCUGAUAGAUAUUAAGGAUAAAGACGGCAGAAGCUCAGGGGAGGCCCUUCAGCGCAGCAAGAAGGGGGGCAGCCUGCAGACGGCCGAGUUUAUCUCGCACGCGACGGAGCGCGCCGGCGCGGCCCGCGGCUCCGAGCCUUGGAGCCGAGCCGCCUGGCACGGCUGGGCCACGGAGCCGCCGGCCCUCCUCAACUCGGCCGACGCGGCGCCGCGGCAGCCCGGAGCCGAAGCCGCCGCCGCCGGGGCGCGGGGCCGCGAGGAGGCUCCCCGCGCCGCCCCCGGCGGGGUGUUUAAGACGGAGGUGGCGACUAUUUACCUACCCGCGUCCCAGGGCGCGCAGCCUGAGCUGCGGCAGCUCGCGGCGGAGACCGCCUGGGCGCUGCUCCCCGCCGCCGAGGACGGGGGAAAGAGGACUGCGCAGCUCAACGGCGUCCAGCCGCCGGCGGCAGACGCGGCGGCCUGCUCGGCGCCGCCGGCGCGGUGCCCGGCCCCCGAGUGCCGGGACCGGGCCCUCGAGCCGAACGCGGCGCCUACGGAGGAGAGCCAGCCUUGCCAGCCGGCGGUGGCGGCGAGCGAGGAGUGCCAGCAAAUCGUGCCUCACACCGAAGUGGUGGACUUGAAAGCACAGCUUCAGAUGAUGGAGAAUUUGAUCAGCUCUAGUCAGGAAACCAUUAAAGUGUUGUUGGGGGUUAUACAGGAGCUAGAGAAAGGAGAAGCGCAUAGAGAAGGGCUUUCAUAUCGGACUGGUCAAGACACAGCUAACUGCGACACAUGCAGGAACAGUGCAUGUAUUAUCUACAGCGUGGAAUUGGAUUUUAAGCAGCAAGAAGAUAAACUACAGCCAGUUUUGAGAAAACUUCAUCCCAUUGAGGAAACUCAGGUUGCACCUUUGCCUUAUUCUCAGGAGAGUUACUCCUCAACUCCCAAGCAAAAAUCCAAAACUGAAUCAAAAAAGCAUGGAAGAUGGAAACUCUGGUUCCUUUAACCAAGUCCAUUACACAUGGAGUUCAAGGCCUUCUUUGAGAAAUAUAUGGAAUCCUAUCAAUCAUCUAAAAUGGGAUCUUGGUAAAUUGAUCAGUGUUAUCAGCCAAUGUUGUUCUGACUAUUCUGGCAGCAGUCAGUUCUCAUCACAUGUACCAAAAAGGCCUUUGUACCUAUAAACUACGGUUCAGGAGCGAGGCAUUAGAGUAAUACCUUGCCAACUUUUAUUCGCAGUUCACCAAUGUGGGAUAUAAAAUCUGAAUUGAAAUUUGUACAAAGAUGGAAAGUAAAACUAUUUUUUUCCCUUUAGAUCUUAAAGCAUCACAUUUUAACCUGUUAAAUUGUAGGCUAUCAUCCUGUACCCAGCUAAAUAUCACUAUUGUUUUGAAGCCUUUUGGGGGUUUGUUUUAUUGUCUUUGAACACCAAUGAGGGGAAAAAAAAAAAAAAAAAAGAGGCAAGCCUUACGUUUGCAACGGUCUUCAGUUUUACAAAUCCAUGUGGAUCGGUGAGUGCAGAUUUUCAGCACAGAUAACCUGGACAAAGCACAAUUUUUCAUGUGGUCUAAGACCAUGAAUAAUCAAUCUCAAAGACGUGACUAUAUGUAUAUUUGCCUUCAUGUAUUGUGAAAUUCAGAGUUAUCACAUUUCAACAUUAUACCAUCUUUUUUAAUUUAGCUAUGACCUCAUCACUAGACUAACAAGUUUGCUGUUCAUCUCCAGUAGGUAAGCACGUAGAAGUCUCCCAAGUAAGGACAUGCCUUUAACCACAUCAAUUUGACAGGGUCAAGGCUAUCAGACAAUAAAAUGUCCUAGAUCUGUUUUUUAAUCUUUUGGUACCCAAAAGGUCUAAAUGAAACAUUCUGGAA